UUUAAUUUUUGAUUAAUAACAAGGAACUCAAAAAUGUACAGGAGAAAUCGCCCUUAUGAAUAUAAUGAAGUUAAUGAAGCUAGUGAAGAAACAAAGUUGAUACAAGAUAGGAUUGAAAACGCUAGUGGAGACUUUAACUCUUUACUUCAACAAUCGAGAGAGCUAAACACCCAAACUCUAAAGCAAGCGCUAACUAAAAUUUUGAAGAACAACCUUGAAAACAUGAAAGAAGAAGUGCUGGAUGGCGCCUGGGUUGAGCUAAUAUAGCAGACAAGGUGCUUAAAGAAUUUGACCGACUAGCAGUGCAACAGGAGCAGGAGCAAGAGCAAGUGCAACAGAAGGAAGUCAUCCAAAAAGCUGUCCAGCAGAAAGUUUUGAAGCAGCCAGAAGAACAGAAAGAACAGGUUUAUUUGGAAGAAUCUAAGAACCAGAUAAACCAUGAAUUUGAGGAAAAGAAGAGCAACGUUAAAAUUGAGAGGAAUGAAGAUGAAUACCCGUUUGAUAAUAGAAGGAAGAUUGCUGAAAUAUGACCAAUGGAGUUUAGAAAUCCUUUGGAUAGUGAUAUCUAUAAAGGCUUCUUUAAAAAGGAGAAGAAAGAGAAAACUUAUAGCUAUCAGAAGAAUAAGAAGAAGAUUAGUUAUGAGCAGAAGAAGGAAAAGGAACUGCUAGAAGCAUCCAAGCCUUCUACACAUGGAAGGUAUAUUCCAAUGGAGAAUAAUAAGCUAAUAGCAAAUUCAAACCAGGAGAGACCUCAGAGGCAAAACUUUAGAGAAGCUCGUCAAGAAGCUAGAAAUAGGGAUCCUCAAACUUAUCAGAACAGACCUCGAGAUCCCCCACCCGAUCCAGCUCCUACAACAGAAGAAUUGAAAGGGAAGAUGGACCAAAAGGAUGAUCCUAAUGACCAAAAACAGGAACCUAGAUUUCUAAACCCUGAGUAUACUCAUGAGGAUGAAUCGAAUAAUGAAAACUCUCACCAAGACCAAGACAUUCACGCAGAUCAGGACAACGAACCUGAAAAAACAACAAAACAAAAUCACCACAAUUCGGUUUCCCAAACAGAAAACAAAGAAGAAAUAACCCAGCCUCAAAAGGAUCAAACCCAAGAGCCUGAACUCCUUAUUGACCACCAUGUAAAUAACUCCGAAGGAUCAUCUUCAACCCUGAAGGAAGACAGCAAGGAUUCUUCUCAAAAAGACGAAGAGCUUCCCAAUCUCUCCCAAAUAGGCCAACAGAAUCAGACACAAGAGGAAAAAGUGAACUCUCGUGAUGACUCGAAGCCUGAAAGCUGAGAGUCCUCAGAAAGUUCAAUGUCGUCAAUUCCUGAAUAUUUUGAAGCCUUUUACGCCUCAUUACCCAAUGUUUUUGAAGAUUAUGAGGUAGAGAAAAAGCACACCCUAAGUUUUGGCCAAGACAAGGUUUGACCUUACGAAGAAAUAGAAGAGUGUCUCGAGGAUGAUGACUUGCGUGCUAAUAUAGUAUGAUUUAUCCCACAAGAUUUUAUUCUUAAAGCUAUGCUUAAGAAGAUAAAGAAAACUUGCCAUUUUGUGUUUUUAGUCAAAAGUGAAGAUUUAGCAGUUGCCCUUACUUCACUUCCUAAAGAGUUCCUCAAGAAAGUUAAUAAUGAAUCUGACUUAGAGACGAUAGAAACAGAGGAUGUUAUCAGUCAAAUGGAAAGUGAGGAAGCGUUCCUAGUGGAUUUGGCUUAUAAUAAAGAGUUUUAUGAAGAUAAUAGCUAA